GAUGAUACCAGCAUGAUGAGCAUUUUUUUCCCGUGCCAGCUGGGUUUUGCAGUGUGACCGUACUUAACAUGAAUCAUUUUGAUGUUUAUUGCGUUCCCCUCUUUACAUGAAAAUUCGUAACAAAUGUUUACGCGUACAAGCUCUGGGGACAGAGUACACGGAAAAAAGCUUUCUAAUAGAGGGGCUGGACCUUAUCUCUUAUCGCAAUCAAUACAUUUAUUUCUAUGUCGUUGGAAGUCGUGCAGGAAUUUCAGUUCUAAAAUAGUCAAGUGGUAGUGCAAACGUAACUUCUUUGAAAUAACAGGAAAUGGAUAACGCCAUGGAAAGCAAGCUUUGCGGGCCAUUUGUUGGCGCGAUUGACGAGGGCACAACUUCUGCGCGUUUUAUGAUCUUUCGCGCUGGUACUGAUGACAUUGUCUGCUAUCAUCAAAUUGAAGUGCCCUCUAUAUUUGUCAAGGAAGGCUGGUGUGAGCAGGAUCCAGUGGUGAUAAACCAACACUGUAAACGAAGUGCAUUGAGGGUGCCUGCCAAAAGCUUGCGAGCAUUGGGGGGCAAAGUGGAGGACAUUGUUGCCAUUGGUAUAACCAAUCAGCGUGAGUCAACCAUUGUGUGGGAUCGACACACGGGCGAGGCCUUAGCAAAUGCGAUUAUAUGGCUGGACAAUCGCACAACUAGCACUGUCGAAGAUCUGCUAGAAACCAUACCAAAUAAUGCGCGUAAUAUCAACUACCUGCGACCGCUGUGCGGAUUACCGCUUUCCCCGUACUUUUCCGGCGUCAAGUUGCGCUGGCUGCGCGACAAUGUAGCAACGGUGAAAAAAGCAAUGGAUGCUGGAAAUGCUAUGUUCGGCACCAUUGACACUUGGCUGAUGUACAAUCUAACUGGUGGCAAAGAUGGCGGUGUGCAUAAGACGGAUGUCACGAAUGCAUCACGCACUAUGCUGAUGAACAUUGAGACGUUACAAUGGGAUGCCAAUUUGUUAAAGUUCUUCGGCCUGCCCAACAGCAUAUUGCCGGAGAUUUGCUCCAGUGCCGAGCACUUUGGCACCAUAGCGCAGGGUGUGCUCAAGGGCGUUGACAUAACGGCGGAUUUGGGAGAUCAGCAGGCGGCGCUGGUGGGUCAACAAUGCUUGGCCAAGGGACAAGCCAAGGCUACCUAUGGCACGGGCUGCUUUUUGCUGUACAACACGGGUCCAUCUAUUGUGCAUUCGCAGCAUGGACUGCUGACAACCGUAGGCUAUCAGCUGGGACGAAAAGCAACGCCCUAUUAUGCGCUAGAAGGCAGUGUUUCCAUAGCUGGUGCCGCCUUCAACUGGCUGCGCGACAAUAUGGGCAUUAUACAAAACACAGGACAGAUUGAGACCAUGGCUAAUAUGGUGGACAGCUCGCUGGAUGUUUACUUCGUCCCAGCUUUCAAUGGACUGUAUGCUCCGUACUGGAAUCAGGAUGCUCGCGGCGUUAUUUGCGGUUUGAGCGAGGAGACAACCAGUGAACAUAUUGUACGUGCAACCUUGGAGGCAGUUUGCUUCCAGGUGCGAGAUAUACUAGAUUCCAUGCACAAGGACUGCAAAAUACCGUUGGCUAAGCUAAUGGUCGAUGGUGGCAUGACUGUCAAUAAUCUGUUCCUGCAACUGCAGUCCGACCUAGUGGGCAUACAGGUGCUGCGCGCCAAGAUUGCUGAGACUACAGCUUUGGGUGCUGCUAUGGCUGCCUACAAGACCGUCACUGCAAAUUAUAAUAUGGAGGGUCCGCUUUCCAAGUCGGAUGCCCGCGAGCCCAUAAAGCCAAAGAUUGCAGCCACGGAGCGUAAUUUGCGCUACCAAAAGUGGAAAAUGGCCAUUGAGCGUUCGCUUAACUGGGAGACAUCCACGCUGGCGCAAGGCGAGCGUGAAUCCUUUGAUGGUGCUUAAGCCUUAGAACAUUAUUAAACAUGACAUUGUAUAUUUUUUAUUGCAUAAAUAUUGUUUUUCUUUUCGAUUACCAA